CCCCCACGCCACCUACAGCUCUCCGUCUCUCUAUCUCGCCGCCAGAGCACUGGGGUCGCCCUGCCGGCCCGACAUGGCCGUGCGAAGGCUGCCUCCGAUGUCGCCCGAGGACCACACUAUGCUGGCCGACCUGCUGAUGUAUCUCACCAGGCCGGAUCCACGUACAUGUCAGAAGAAACUUAAGUUCGGCGGGAUUCCCAUCCGAGAUCGUUCGGCGGCGUAUGUGGACGGACACAAGUACGUCUGUCUGGACCCCGAGCUCUCACUGCUCACCUCCGACGGCUGCCUAGUCUACUCGUUCGGCAUCAGCAUCGACUGGUCGUUCGACUGGGAUAUGGAGGCGUUCGGCUGCACUGUGCACGCAUUCGAUCCGACUAUCCCCGCUCCAAACGACUCGGCUGGCGCCGGUGACGUUUCGUUUCACCAGUACGGUAUCGGUGGGCGGGACGGUGUCUUAGAGAACUCUGACGCACAGCUUAGAACUCUGGAGACGCUGGUUGACCGGCUGGGUCACAGACAGAGUGUCAUCCACUACCUGAAGCUGGAUGUGGAGGACGGCGAGUGGGCAGUGUUCCAACAACAGGCUGAGCUCGACGCGCGCUCCGUGCUGGCAGAGAACGUAGAACAACUAGGAGUAGAGCUGCAUUUCAUGGACCACCAGCCGGCGGAGCAGCAUGUGACGUUCUACCGGGAGGUCUACCGAUCGCUGCUGGCGCUGCAGGAGCUGGGGUUCUACCUGUUCUGGUCGGAGCCGAACCCACUGCAGCGGCCCGAGUGGGCUGUGCCAGGCCUGGAGCAGAAUAUCACCUACGCUAUGGAGGUGGUAUGGCUCAAGGCACGCUGUAUCGAAGAUGCUUACUUAUAAUUUACUGGAGAAGACAUGGACAAAACGAUAAAAUAAAUACAUUUACUUUAUGAUCA